AUGGCUAAGUUAUUUGGUCGUCUACCAACCUAUACCUUCCUUUUGAUCUUUUUUUCUCCUCCUGGUUUACUCUGGAUCUUAUUUUAUAAUGGUUACCUCUUCAUUUUGAUCCAUAGAUGCGACGCACAAAAUUGCCAGAGGCAGAUUACAACUUGGUCAGGUUUUUGUGGGAACUCUCGCCAUUGCAACCAUCAACGCAGGAGUUGGGAAGGUGCCUUACAUGGAGCCUGUCGUCACCAAUUCUUAGGAUUUGCAUGUUUUUGCUACGUUAGAUGUUGA